AUGUCGACGUUUUCACCAGUACAUAGUUUACACCAUAUUCCUACAUGUGCCUCCGAGGUUAGAUUUGUUGACCCUCAACAUAACCUUGGGGAUACCGAGUUGUUACAUCAAAUUGGUUACAAACAAGAGUUGAGACGUCACUACUCAACUGUGCAGGUUUUCGGAAUAGCCUUUUCAAUAAUGGGUCUUCUACCCAGUAUAGCGUCAGUUUUCAGUAUUGGUAUUGCCUCCGGGCCUGCUGGUCUAGUCUGGGGUUGGUUUAUUGCUAGUUUUUUCAUCUUUUGUGUUGGGCUUUCAAUGAGUUUUUUAGGAAGUGCCAUACCAACUAGUGGUGGAUUAUAUUACUAUACAAAUUAUUACUGUCCCGACAGUUUCAGAGUGCCUUUGAGCUACUUGAUUGGGUGUUCAAACUCACUUGGGUUGACAGGAGCUAUCUGUAGUGUUAGUUUUGGAUUUGCUACCGAGGUAUUGUCAGCUGUCUCUGUUUCAAAGGAUAAUAAUUUCGAAAUCACAAACGCAAAGUCAUAUGGAGUGUUUGCUGCAUGCAUUAUCGUCAAUAUGGUUGUUUCGUCUUUAACAACUAAACAUGCUGCCAAGUUUCAAACGGUUUCAAUUUGCGUCAAUGUGUUUUUGGUUAUCUUAUUUUUAAUAGCAGUGCCAGUUGGGUUUUCAAAACAAAACAGCUUCAAUGAUAGAGGAUUUAUAUUUGGCAAAUAUGAAAAUGCUAGAGAGUGGCCAAUUGGUUGGAGCGCAGUAAUGUCGUUCAACACAGCUAUAUGGACAAUUGGUUCCUUCGACUCGGUCAUCCAUUGUUCUGAAGAAGCAUUAAACGCCCAGAGAUCUAUACCCGUGGGAAUAUUGGGUUCCAUUGCUGCUUGCUGGUUCUUGGGUUGGGUAGUAAUAGUAGUGUGUGCCGCUUGUAUCAAGGACGGUAAUGUCUCACGUAUCGUUGCUACAGAGACGGGAUCGCCAUUGGCUCAAAUCAUUUACGAUGCUUUGGGGAAGAAGUGGACUGUAGCAUUCAUGUCGAUGAUUUGUGUGGGUCAAUACCUCAUGGCUAUAUCCUUAAUGAUUGCAUUGUCUAGACAAGUCUGGUCCUUUGCCAGAGAUGAUGGGUUACCAGGUGUCUACAAGUGGGUCAAAUAUGUCGACCCAAGGAUCAAAGUACCGGUAAGAGCAACAAUUUUUGCCGGCUGCUGCGCCUUGGUUAUCGGAUGUUUGUGUAUUAUCCCAGGUUCUGCUGGGUCUGGAGCAUUGUUUUCUCUUGCUAUUGCGUCAAACAACUUGGCGUGGGGUAUGCCAGUGCUUCUUGUGAUCUUGCCAUACGGAAGAAAGAAAUUCAUCCCGGGACCUUUUUAUUUCGGACAUACUUUGAGUUACAUCAUCAAUGUUAUUACCGUGCUUUACAUUUUUUUCGCCAUUAUCAUGAGUAUGUUCCCCGAAAACAGACAUGUAGACAGAGACAGUAUGAAUUAUACUUGUGUAAUCAAUGGAGGUGUGUGGAUAUUGUCCUUGGUAUAUUAUUACGCUUGGGCUUGGCGUACUUAUACCGGACCCAAAUCUAACCUUGAUGGAACAGAAACAGAUGAUGAAACUAGUGUUAAAAACGUUGAUGAGGUAUUGAGAGAGAAAGCUUGA